CAAUCCUUCCUUCAUCACCUUUCCAAUUAGAUUUCAAUAACCCUCAAACCAACCAACCUCUCGUCCGUGACUUGAGAGGUCUGUUCAUCACAACAACAAGAAGGCCCAUCGAGGACAUCUCGUACUAGAUCAUCCCCAUCAUGUCUGGAGAAAUCAGGCGGAAGUUGGUCAUUGUCGGUGACGGUGCUUGUGGAAAGACAUGUCUCCUCAUCGUGUUUAGCAAGGGCAUGUUCCCCGAGGUCUACGUGCCCACAGUCUUUGAAAACUAUGUUGCCGAUGUCGAAGUGGAUGGCAAAAAAGUAGAAUUGGCCCUUUGGGAUACUGCCGGUCAGGAGGACUACGAUCGUCUUCGUCCAUUGUCAUAUCCCGACUCUCACGUCAUUCUCAUCUGCUUCGCCAUCGAUUCGCCUGAUUCCCUCGACAACGUACAAGAAAAGUGGAUCUCGGAAGUGCUUCACUUCUGCCAGGGUCUCCCUAUCAUUCUUGUCGCUUGCAAGAAGGACCUGAGAGAUGACCCUAAAACCAUGCAAGAUUUGGCUAGAAUGAACCAACGACCCGUUUCUCGACCUGAAGGUCUUGCCGUCGCUCAAAAGAUUGGUGCUCAGGGCUACGUUGAAUGCUCCGCCAAGACUGGGGAAGGUGUCCGGGAAGUCUUCCAAACCGCUACCAGGCAUGCUUUGAUGAGCAAGAAAUCUGGCCGAUCCAAAGGAAAGAAGGGAUGUGUCGUGCUCUAGGUUGAUACGGUUGUACUAUCUUGUCUCUUAUACCCUCUACCCAAACCCGGCUCUCGAUCUCAACCCGAUUCAAGUCUUCAUCCGACGAACCGGGUUCCAUACUAGUUCUUUUCGCCUUUGCACGACGCUCUCUUUUCGAUAUCGAUUACGCUUCUCAAGCCCUCCAACUCUUUUUUUUCUCCUACCCUAAACCCUCUAUCGGUCACCAUUUCACGCCCUUCCACAUACUUCCCCGCCGCUGCCAUUAAUGCGUGAUGAAUGACGAAGUGAAGAGUUGUUCAACAUGCUCUCAAGAUCAAUGACGGGGUCGUGGCGUAUCCCUUUGCUUUGGAAAUCCCACUCGUUCCCAUGACAUGCAUUAGAUGACCCGCGUCGAUGA